UGUAUCAGAAAUGCAACUUUGGAUUCGGGAGAAGGAACGUUCGAUCAAUUGACAUUGGGUUCACCUGUCAGAGAAACUCACGAGUGUUUUCGAGAAUGUGACUCGUCGGGACCGAUGACGUGUCGAUACACCUUCAACGUCGAAUGGUAUUCAACGAUGUCGAGGGCGUGUUACGACUGCCCUUGCAACCUGACCGACUGCGGACGUGAACGAUGCGUUGCGAUGGACGGUUUCCGUCGUCCUAUAGCUGUGGUCAAUCGACAGUUGCCUGGCCCUACGAUUGAGGUUUGCAAAGGAGAUCGUAUCAUAGUCGAAGUCAACAAUGAACUCGAUGACGCCGAAGGGGUCACGAUCCACUGGCACGGACUUCUCCAGCGGGGUACACCAUACAUGGACGGGGCCAAUCUUAUCACUCAGUGUCCUAUCCAAGCAUCCGCGUCCUUCACUUAUAAUUUCCUGGCCGAUCGAGCAGGUACCCACUGGUGGCACGCUCAUGCAGGGUUCCAGAGGAGUGAUGGCCUAUUCGGUCCGUUCAUCGUCAGGGAGCCCGAAGAGGACAACCCGCACAGCGCCCUCUACGACUAUGAUCUACACGAACACACAGCAAUGAUCAGCGACUGGAUGCACGAAACCGCCAUUGAGGUGUUCGUACUGGAACACCACGUAGAUGUAAAUGACGACCCUCGGUCUAUCCUAGUCAAUGGCAAGGCACAGCUUGGUGGAUUCACUGAUGAGAAUAAUGGUACUUCGCACGCCACUCCUAGAGAAGUCUUCGAAGUAGAAGAAGGCAAGCGUUACCGUUUCCGGUUGAUAAGCACUGCAACCGGUGGUGAAGCCUUCAGGGUGUCUGUGGAUAACCACACCCUUACCAUCAUAGCCAGCGAUGGAGCAUAUGUACAACCUGUGGAAGUGGAUACCCUUGUCAUAUAUGGUGGAGAGAGAUAUGAUGUGGUCCUCAACGCCUCUCAAACCGAUGGAGGGAACUAUUGGAUGAAGAUUAGUGAAUCUCGAGGAAGACCCCUAAACCAGGGUCUAGCAAUCAUUAGGUACAGCGGUGCCCCCGAGUCGAACCCCACCAUGAGCCCAUCUGGAGUGCGAGACGGGGUCAUAUACCAAGCAUGGAAUACACCUGCUUCAGCUGACGUCAUCACAGUUAAUGAAUUGGUUGCCAUAGAAAAUGCAACGUUACCGCAGGAAAACAAGCGUACUUUCUACAUGACUACAGAUUUCAAUCAGUUUGCUGAUUUACGUUAUUGGGAAGACGAAUACAACCCGCUGGUCAAUGAUCGCGCCUUUAAGCAUCCAAGCUACGCACUACUCUCCCAGUACAACGACGAAACGGACUCCGAUGAUCUCUGCUUUUUCGAAGAUGAGGAGCUAAAUCAGAAGUGCAAAACGGAGUUCUGUCGCUGUACCCAAGUCCUUCAGGUUGAUUUGCAUCAGACGAUUGAGAUCGUUAUAGUAGACGAGGGUAACCUUUAUCCGGCUGUACACCCCUUUCAUCUCCACGGGUUCUCAUUCCGCGUCCUCGCUCAGGGGUACGGCGGAGACAAUCUUGACGUCACCGAAGUAAUUGCAAUGGAUCUGAAUGGAACCAUCAAGAGGAACUUCAAUAAUCCACCAGAGAAAGAUACGGUGAUCACAAUGAAUGCUGGGUACACCGUCAUCCAGUUCGUUGCAGAUAACCCUGGUUGGUGGUUCUUCCAUUGUCACAACGAGUUCCACCUUCAUACCGGUUUGGCUAUCGUUGUCCGUGUGGGAUCACAGUCCGAUCUUCCACCGAUACCCGACGACUUCCCGACGUGUCGUACCUUCAAACCUUCCAACUCGACAUCGCCAUCAUCACCAGCACCAAGACCUACACGACCACCACCACCAUCACCACCAUCAGACAUGGUACAGUUCCCACUUUCUACUGUUAUUGCUUUAGCCAUAGUCGUGGGCGUUCUCGGUCUCCUCGUCAUCAUCCUACUCUUCGUGGUUGUUUGUCGCCGUCAGGGCACACCUUCCCCGGCAUCAUCGGCUAGGAAUGAGGAGAUGAAGGGCCAUGAUGCACCAUGGGGUGAUAAGACAGACUAACCGUAUCAAGCCUCAUUGAUAUGAUCAUUAGGGCUUGUUCAGAUAUAGGGCAAAGCCGCAGACCCCCCCCCCC